AUGAGCAAGAAGUUCAAGUCACAAGCAUCCGCUGCAAGCGCUCGUGCUGCUUCUGCCACCUUAGGGUCAUUCUCUCCCGGUCCCAGCUUCGGGGCUCCCGCUCCUGUCGGGUUCCAAACCGCGCCGUCCCCGCUGUCCUACAUCGCUGAACAACCCGACUUGAGUACCAUCACGAAUGCCAACCUCGUUGUCACACUACGGAACCUGGGGAAGAAAGACAGUACAACCAAAGCUAAGGCUCUUGAGGAAUUUCAAGAUUAUGUGGGCUCUCUAGGCUCGGGUGAGGCCAUCGAGGCUGGCUUACUAGAUGCCUGGAUCAGCCUGUACCCUCGAACCUCGAUCGAUAACUCUCGCAGAGUUCGACAGCUCGCUCAUACUUCGCAAGGCUCACUCACAACCCUUGCCGGAAAACGAAUAGCUCCUCAGCUACCUAAAGUGAUCGGAGCAUGGCUCUCUGGCUUGUAUGACAGUGACCGGCUGGUUGCUCGAACUGCACAAGACUCUGUUUCAACAGCUUUCAACACCGAGGACAAGAGACGAGCGUUAUGGAAAGUCUAUCGAGGUGCCCUAGUCGAUUACGCCAACGAUGCGAUUCUUGUACAGACCCCUCAGACGCUGAGCGACGAACGCUCAACCACACCAGACGACGCAGAGUCCAAGUUCGUCCGCGUGGUGGGCAAUGCGGUGCAACUGCUCAGCCAGGUCAUCAAGGUCAAUUACCCAGCGGCGCGUGCGGACAAAUUUGACGGGCUAGACACCAUCAAGAUCAUCCUCGAAGAGAAGAAGCUAUGGGAAUACUCAUCACAUCACGACCCAACCCUGCGGAGAGCUCUUUGUAGCUUAGCCAAAACAUGCGCGGAUACGAUUGCCCAAGAACUGGAUUGGAAGACCCUGAGUGCUUGCUUCAUUGGUAAAGCCCUGCACAGCAACCAGCUUGGCUCAUCCCGCCAGCUCUCAGAAGCUCUUCUCAGUCUCACAUCGAUCCGACCUGAGAUAUGGACGAUAGACUACACUUCAAAAACGGCGGCGUCAAAAUGCCUAUUCCAGUUUCUGCGAAAAGGAUCACAACGAGGUCCUGCCGAAUUCUGGUCCGAUGUUAAGGCGCUCAUCAAGGGCAUUCCUGUUGAAGCUUGGAGCACGAACACGAAAGACGGCAAGGUCCAUUCAGAAGAUGCCGCAGCUUUGCUAGAAUCUCUGCGUGCUGGUGUGAUGAGUAACGAAGAGCCACGUCAGAAUCUCGAGGCUGCAUGGUCGUCUUAUGUUGAGAUCUCUUUCUGGCUACUAGAGCGACUGGAUGACGAGCAGUUAAAAGUGAAGUUACUGGAAGACAAUGCCCUCCCUAUGGUCACGGAAUAUGCUGCGCCGGACCCCAAUCAAAGUCUGUGGGUAGUUCCGAGUACGUGCGAUACCGAGGUAGCGGCAUCAAUUCUCGUCAGCAUCCUUCGCCGGGGAAUGCAUUCCUCUUUUGAAACUACCUGGACAGGGUUGUGCCAGAGUCUUAGCGAUCACAUGAGAUUAUCACUGCCAGAGUCCUCGAAAGACUUCAUCAAGUCACAGGAUAAGGUCAUUGCUCAAGCUCAACGUCUCUUCCGACUCAAGAGGAUCAUCCUGGAAGCUCAACACCUUGCAUCAUCGGAGAAAGCACACGUAGCUGACCUUAUUCGGAGAUCAGACGAGAGCUUAGUGGUUGUGGCGAUUGAGCUCUUGAAGGCACGAAAUGGAAAGCCAUAUGGUGCAGCUGGUGUCCUCGAAUUCGUUGUCGCUCCUACAGAUCCACUUCCCAGGUCGUUGGAACUUUUCCUGGAUUCGGAGGCCCUGAAGCUGCUUGCUAGUCCAUCAGCAGAGUACUUGGUAUCAUUAUUGCUACGUGCACGCAAAGGCCUAGCACAAGUUUUUACGGCGUUGGUGUCUGGGUGCGAGAGACCCAGCGCCUCCGCCGCACUUGCUCGACUCGCUGCCGACCUCUCUGAAGAAGAAUGUUUGCAAAUCCCUGAUUUCGAGCCCUUCAUUUUGGAGCUGAUACCAUCACAACUUGAUACCUUGACCACUCAGCAAGUGGUUAAGAGCGUACUUCAGAAUCCCAAACUCACCUCAUCUGCCGUCCACAAAAGAAUCUGCCAGAAGUUAGUCGAUCAGCUGUCUCCAGAAUACGGGACAAGUACCCAGCAAGCCGUUCUUCGCUUUUUGCUCGGCCUUUUCAAUUACCGCGUUGUCAAGUCCUCCCCUUUCUCCGGCGAUGUAGGAAGACUGCUUCUCGCGAAGCUGCUCCUGCUCACCGAUUCUGGCGACGAGGAAACAUCCGAACUUGCGAGCUCAUUGCUGGGAAAGCUGAAAAGCACGCCGACAGGGACGUCGUCCACAGCAGUCUCUUCUGCGGCCCUCAUCGCAGACCAGCUCUCGCGAAGAGGUGAUCCCCUCCCUAUCUUCGUCCUCAUCGACCUUGGCAAGGACACCCUGAAAGCAUUGUCGGCACCAGAUGGCAACAUGCUCGGCUCACUUCUUCCCACCACAGCUCAGUGGGAAAACUCCCUCAAGGAUCACAUCACAAGACCGCCACCGCCAUCAGUUUCUAUCACCAGUCCCUUACGCGGCCUGAUCUCCAUGAUCACGCCUGUGCAUACAAGCACACUGACACUGACUAGAGACUCGGAGGGAUAUUCCUACCUAUUCCGUCUGUUUCUAUACGUGACCAAGAUGAUGAACGCCAAUAACCUCUCCAUGGUACAGUCCGAAGAACAGUUGAUGACACUGUACACCUACUACCCUCUGGCCCUACAGCUUGUGAACGACAAUUUGACCAUAGAGCGUCCAGAUGGCCUUUGGCAUAACACCAAUAACGAGGUUGUGGAAGAGGCUGCUGAAGCAGUCUCGCAAGGCACUUCAUUGGUGCAGAAGUGGUUGCAGGAUGACAAGUUAAUCAGACUUUGGAUAGAGGCAAUCCGUUCAACGAAUUCACUGGCUCCAAAUGCGUACUAUCACGGUUUGGCCUUUACCGACAUCGCAGCGCGCUUUGUUGAUGAGCAUGGCUCCGCAACGUUCAUAUCAGCCUUCGAAGCAGAAAUAAAGGACCUGUAUCAUGCAGACGAAGCCGUUCGGUCCGCAAGCUUGAUUUCUGCUUGUCGGGAUUACUUUAUUAGCUCUCAACAAGGACGAAGACUGUUGAACGAGUUGGUUGCAGCUGUGACGGCCAUAGACGUACCCUCCACAUCGAAUAUGGCAUUGAGGCCACUGAUCCUCCUUGACAUCCUACUAGGCGGGAGUUCCGAACCCGUAGAGGGUAUACCUGGCCAACGCCAGAAUUUCCUUAUGCAGACUCUAGUACGCAUUCUUUCCGAUUCUUCAGCAGGAUCAAACUCCCAAACAUUGGCUAUCAGACUUCUUGAGCCCAUCGUUGUGGCUGUCAAAGAUCUCUACGGAGAACAUUGGGAAAGAAUCUUACAAGGUCUCAACGCUAUCCUGCAGAACAGAAGCAGCUUAAAUGAGGAUCUUCCCAUCUUGCAUGCGUCGCUCCGGCUCCUCGGGCGACUCAGAUCUCUGGCCCAAUCUGAUGGAGCGAAUGAGGAUCUAGUGGAGACGUGGGAAGUCACAGAGCCGUCCCUAGAAGAGGGCUUGCUGGAUUGUUUGCGUGGGUUUAACAACUCAUUGAAUGAGAUCAAUCAGCCUACCCGGAUCACUGCAGAACUUCUGCGAAGGCAGCUGUCGCAGAUCCCUGCCCGCCACGAUGUGACCCUAUAUCCUUUUCUUUCCUCACCACUGGACUCCAUCCAAGGAGCAGCCUACCACCUUCUGCAUCGUUCUAUCCCUGCAGAGCAAGAGCAGAUAUCGCUGGACGUGGCAUUGGAACAGAAAGGCGCGCAUCUGCCGACAGAACUCCUGGAACUGCUGCUCGACGUGCCACAAACCUCCGCGAGGACAGAUGCACCGUUGUAUCGAGGUUAUCUGCUCUGCUGGAAGCUGGUAUUCGAUCACUUCCCAAAGGCCUCAUACAAGCUUCAGGAAAUGUACACCACGGAUAUCAAAGAGAAAGGUGUAGUGGGAGAUCUCCUCGAACUGAUUUGCGACGUUUGCCGGAUCACGAGUACUCACCCGCUUGACGCCUCGAAAACCAAUGUCAAAGACUUUGAAAUUGGCACUGGCGAAACAGAAGAACAGGAAGAGCAGCGCUUGAUACUGCAUCUUUACUAUUGCUGCCUAUUGUUCCUUCCCGGGCUUACCCGGAGCUGGUUCAUAGAACAAAAGAAUCGUGUCAAGACACCACUCGAGAGCUGGACUCAGAAGUACUUUUCACCAGCCCUGAUCUCGGCCGCGGCUGCUACAGUCACCAACUGGGUACAAAGUCAACCCCAAGAUGAGGGCGAUUCACCCGUAACGGUCAAAACAUCACUCAGUGGGUCCGAGACAGUGGCGUCGAUUGCUGUGGAUCCCGAGUCACCGCCUAUCUCUUUGGCCAUCUCAAUACCAAAGAGUUACCCUCUGGAUUCCCCGAGUGUCUUUUCGCGCACCCGAGUGGGUGUUUCUGAGAAGAACUGGCAGUCAUGGCUGCGGACUAUUCAGAUCAUCAUAUUCAGCACCGGCAGCAUCAUUGAGGGCCUCAUCGCAUUCCGACGCAACGUGCAAGGCGUAUUGAAAGGACAAAGCGAAUGUGCCAUCUGCUAUUCUAUCAUCGGCACAGAUAUGCAAAUUCCUAACAAGCGGUGCGGAACCUGCAGGAAUACCUUCCAUGGCGCUUGCCUAUUCCGCUGGUUUAAGAGCUCCAACAGUUCGAGUUGUCCACUCUGUCGCAACAAUUUCAACUACGCUUAA